AUGGUGUCGUCAGCAUGGGCCAUGUAUUGCGGCGACGACGACUGCUACGAUCUUCUCGGGGUCAAGCAGACAGCGACACAGCAGGAGAUUAAGAAGGCCUACUACAAACUGUCCCUCAAAUAUCAUCCAGACAAGAACCCAGAGCCCGACGCGCAAGCCAUAUUCGCCAAGAUUGCCAACGCAUAUGAGAUUUUGUACGAUGCGGAGAAGAGGGAGCAGUAUGACUAUGCCAUCGCCCAUCCAGAGCAGUUUUUUUACAACACAGCUCGUUACUACCAAACUUAUUAUGCUCCUAAGACGGACAUUCGACUCAUCCUGCUUGCAGCUCUGUUGCUGCUCUCGUCCUUCCAGUACCUCAACGAUCACAUUCGAUACAACCAAGCCAUAGAGCACGCCAAGCAGACUCCCGCCUACCGCAAUCGCCUGAAGCAGCUGGAGCUGGAAAGGGCUGCAGCAGCUGCUGCUGCUGCCAGCUCCACUGGUGGAGGCAGAGGGAAGCGUGGUGGGGGGCGCCGCGGAGGAAGAGCAGCUGACGCCCAACAAGCUGGAGCAGCUGCUGCUGCACCCGCAGAGAAUGGAGUGGCUGAACUCGAGCUUCAGGUUCAUGGAGCUGACAAGCCGUGCGUGUGGCGACUUUUUGGCGUUCAAGUGGUCAUCUUCCCCUAUCUGGCUGCUAAGUUGAUAUGGUGGCAGGUGCAGUGGUUCCAUCGCUACACCAUAUGCCGUGCGCCUCUUGGAUGGAACGAUGCUUGCUACCUCACACGCACCACUCUGCGUAUUCCUGCAGCAAACUGGAGCUCCAUGGGGGAGUCUGCCCAAGAAAGGUUUGUGGAGCGCAGGCUCUGGAUCAAGCAAAACCUGAAUGAUUAUCGAGAGGAGCUUUCCAAGUCUGUGAGACGUAGACGCUAA